AAAACGAAGUACGUAGAGGGGGCGAGCGCGGAGGUGUCGUGCCACAGCUCGUCGGUGCCGUGCGUCUUCGAGGAUCUCAAGACCCGGACCGACAGGCGCACGGGCAAGGUCUUGAUGCAAGCGCCGCCAGCGUUGCGUGCAGGAGACGCCGCAGUGGUACGCCUCAGGCCUUUGGCGCCCCUUUGUGUCGAGCCCUUCAGCGAGUACCCUCCCCUCGGGCGCUUCUCCGUGAACGACCAGAAGGUCACCGUGGCGCUCGGGGUGGUGCAGCAGGUGGAGUACGACGCCGAGCAGCCGCGGGGCGCUGCGCGGAAGGGGACCCCAACAGGCUCCAGGGGCCUCAAGUCGCACGCGCCCAAGGGGAAGACAGCCAAGCCUCACCUGGCCAAGAAGGCGUGCGCAAUGGCCCCGCUGCCCAGCGGGGACUGCUUCGGGGCGUCCGCGCUGCACUUCAUGUCGGACUCAGGCGAGGAGCAGUCGGCGGCCGCCCGGGCCUCGUGCAAGGCGCCCCAGGUGGCGGGCUCCCCGCUGCGCGCCCAAGGCUUCAGCGCGCCCUCCUCGGUGCUGCUCGAGGCUGCGGCCAGGGCAGCCGCGCGGGGGGGCCCAGAGGGCGCGUCCCCUGGCGAGAGCGACGGGGGCGGCGGCUGA